GCCUUGGGUAAACACGGGGGAAGGAAGACUCGUACGAUACAAGAAAACUACGACUCAGGGGAACGCCGCCAACCAGCCCCCCGGGACACUGAAGGAGAAGAGGAAACAACAAACUCUCACGUUACAUGGAAACUAGGCCCCCACUGUGCCGGGAAACAUACUAUUACGACACAAGGAAACGACCUCCUACGACACACACCCCGACGAUACCAGGAAACUGAGGCCCCAAGACGACUACCACCGCCACGACUGUCUCCAAUGACGCGGGAAAAUGGGUCCAAAAGGCAGAUGCAGUGAGCCUGUGAGAGUUGUUCUUCCCGGAGAUAAGGUUCUACAGCUUGACUCAGAUGACUGCGCCAAGGAGAUAUUUCUCGGGCCGGGCCUCCGGAGACAUGAAAACAUUGUCUAUGCUACCCGCUCAGGACUGCUGAGGAAGACGGCACAAAACAUUUACUACAUUGACAAUUAUCAGAGGCGAUAUGAUCCUCUCAAGGGACAGUUUGUGGUGGGGAUCAUAUACAAGAAAAAAGGUGACAAUUAUAUCAUAGACAUUGGUGGGAGUGAGUAUGCCACCCUGUCUCCCCUGUGCUUUGAAAAUGCUCCUAAGAAAAGCAGGAAGGACAUGAGGCCAGGAGACCUGGUGUUUGGACAGUUGCUGGUGGCAGAGAAAGACAUGGAACCUGAGAUGGUUUGCAUUGACGUCUGUAGUGACUCUGUAGGCAUCUGUUCACUUCCUGACAAUGGCCUCUUGUUCACUGUUCCUUUACAUGUGACACGGGGGAUCCUGCACCCUCAGAACACCCUCCUAAAGAAGAUCUCAAACCUGGUGGAGUGCACAUUGGUGGUGGGGUCCAACGGGCGAGUGGUGGUGACGGCAGAGGAGCAGCGGCACAUGCUGGCCAUCAUGAACUGUAUCAAGAUGUUGGAGGUAAUGACAGAGCAGGAGGCAGAAGAAAACCUGCUCCGGUACUUUAACAACAUGUUCUUGCUCUAGCUGCCAGUCAUUGCUCGGAGUUGCUUAGCUAGCAGAAUAAACUGAGUAUUGUAAGUGCUUAUAAUACAUUCUCAUUAUAUUUGAUCCAUCACGGCUCAAGUUUUAUGAGCAGAUACAAUUUGUGGGGCGAGCUGUUUCAUGUGUUUUAGGUUGAACUGCUUCAUAUUUUAUUAAGAGAACAGAAUGUACAGUAUUAGAUGAUGAAGUGUUCUGAUGAAUUGUUUUAGCUCUUGGUGAUAAUUCUUGUAUUCAGGCAAUAAGGAUAUGAGUGACUGGCACUUUUGUAGCCUUCUCUCUCAGCUAUGCUCUUGAUUUAAUAUUAAAUAAGACUGACUGUGUCUCAUGUUAAAGACAUACUCUCUUUGGUAGUACACUCAAGGAAGCUAUCCCUGUUGGGUCCCAAGGGUUUCUCUGUACAAACAUAUUUCUUUGAUGAUCUCAGACUUUCUGACUCCUCAAAAAUUCAUUAGGAAGGAUAGUUCUUUUUUAAAGGUACUGUGUAUUGUAAGAUGUUAUUAUCUCUCAUCAUUGUUGCAUGUUUAACUCAGCAGGUGCUGAGAAUGCAUUACAACUAUUUUUUUUAUUUUUACUGAAUUUGUAUAUGUACUACAUCAGAAGUUGUUUCUUCAGGUGAAUAGUAUUGUCAGUAUUCACAUUAUUCAAUCUUCAUUAGAGUGACAGAAUAUAUCGCAGAUACUUAGGGUACAUUAACAUGUUCACCAUCACUAUUAGUGAUGACUUUGUUUUGAGCAAAGUAAACUUUUAUAUUACCGGUAUUCUAUUUAGACAGUAUUUCACUGUAGUUUCAUUUUAGGGUUUACUUUUAUCAGCUGAACAGAAUAUUUCCAUAUUCUUGCUGUGGUUAUCUGUGAUAGCUCAUCUGCCCAGUACAAGAGAAUGUGAGUGGCCUUUUGUAAUGUGUUAGGUUUUUGUUAUAUUUAGAAAGACAUUUCAUCCACAGAGGAGGAUGAGCAGCGUAACUAUAAGGUAGGAUUAAUAGACAGAAUUGUCAAAGUACAAGUGUAAACAGUACAGAUUUAAAUGUAGUUUUUAAGCUCCAUUCAUUAGUCUUUUUUGAGUUGGAGUUUUUAGGUGCUUUUUGGUGUUGAUAGUUUUACCAACACUCUUUUCAUGCAUUUUGCAACAAUUUUUCACUAACUGUGUGGGUGUCACUGAGCAACAGUGUCAGUGCCAGGCCUUCAGUACUCUAUUGUUUGAUAAACUUGUGAAGGUGAACAGUACAGCAGUCAGGCAAUUGAGAUACUAAUGAUUUUGGAAAAUUUCAAAAGGUACACCAGUGAGGGCUGCUUGUUGGUGGCUCAGUUGGUAUGCUGCUCUGCCUUUAUACUGAAGGCCUGAUUUUGACACCUGGCACACAGUAUUGUUCAUUUUGAGACAUUUCACUGGGUUAUUACAGUUUCUUUGAUGUAUAUAAAUACCUUCUGUGC